AUGGCUGAUCUCUGUUCGGUCACCUGCAACACAGCCCUUCAUUCUGUUGGAACACGUCAGUCACGAAGCCCUGUUUGUUUAAUGACCAUUGCCAUCCUUAUGAUCCUGGAUCAAAAGAUUCCAGGUGGCCUGUUCAGAUCCCACAAUGGCAAGAGCCGAGAGCCUUGGAAUCCAUGUGAGCUUUACCAAGGCAUAUGCAGAAACACCUGCAGAGAAUAUGAAAUCCAAUACUUAACCUGACCAAAUGAUCAAAGGUGCUGCCUGAAACUUUCUGUGAAAAUAACCAGUUCUAAGAAUGUGAAGGAGGAUUAUGACUCGAACUCCAACUUGUCAGUUACAAACAGUUCAAGCUACUCUCACAUUUGA